AUGUUGAUUUUCUUUCAAAUACGAUAUCAUCUUUCUUUUUCCUUUCUUUUAGUUUUUCGUAUGAUGUGUUCUUAUAUAUUAUUGGGUUGUCUAUAUAUUAUCUGCCAAUACAUAAUUCCCUCGACUCCUCUUUUUCUUUCCUUGAUUCUUGUUUUCUUUUUCUAUAUUUCUUUCUUUUUCGCCAUCUCUUAUCACCUUUACAUAUUCUUUCGAUUUUACGUUUCUUUCAAUCUUUCGUUCUUUCUUUCUUUCUUCUUUUCAUUUUCCGAAAUUUUCUUCGAUCCAUUCCUUCUUUCUUUCUUUCUUUCUUUCUUUCUUUCUUUCUUUCUUUUUCGGAAAUUUUCUUUAAUCCAUCGUUUCUUUCUUUCUUUCUUUUCAUUUUUCGAAAUUUUCUUCUAUCCAUUCUUUCUUUCUUUCUUUCUUUCUUUCUUUCCUUUUCUUUCUUUCUUUUUCUUUUCCUUUUCCGAAAUUUUCUUCGAUCCAUUCUUUCUUUCUUUCUUUCUUACCUUUCUUUCUUUCUUUCUUUCUUAUACAUUUUUAACUUUAAUUCAUUUUUUUCAUUUUGCUCUAUCAAUGAUUUUCUUUCUUUCUUUCUUUCUUUCUUUCUUUCUUUCUUUCUUUCUUUCUUUCGUCUUUUUAAUAUUAAUUGUAUUUAUUCUUUUCAUUUUCCGUCAUUUUUCAUACUUUUUUCUUUAUUUUAAUUUAUUGGAAACUUCGUUUCUUCUUUUGUUAUUUCUUUCUUUCUUUCAUUCAUUCGUUCGUUAUUUAUCUAUUUCUUCCUCCGUUCUUUUCCUUUUCCGCCAUUUGCUUUAA